CCGUGUGCUGGCGUCCACCGGUCCAGGCGCCGCUCUCCUCUCCCAGACUCCCACCGCCCCGUCCCCGUGCCCGUCCGUGCGUGCAGCCGCCGGCGCCCUCAUCGAUCGACCCGCGCCCCAGCCGGAUGGAGGCGUCAGCAGCAGCAGCAGCAGGAGAUGGGGGAGGAGGCAGCGCCGCCACGCGGAGCAGCCCGGCGGCCGUGCAGGCCACCAACGACGACGCCGCGGCAAGCAAGCUGUCCUGUGUUAACAAAGGAUACAUGAAGGAUGAUUAUGUGCGGUUUUUUGUUAGGCGACCAACAAGGAGGGCUCCGAUAAUCAAUCGUGGGUAUUAUGCGCGUUGGUCUGUUCUCAGGAAGCUUCUGCAUCAAUUCCUCGAUGCGGGGAAGAAUAGUAACAAUGAGAAGCCUAAGCAAAUAUUAUCUCUUGGUGCUGGCUUUGACACAACAUUCUUCCAGUUGCAAGAUGAAAGGAUUGCUCCACACCUUUAUGUAGAACUGGAUUUCAAGGAGGUAACCAGCAAAAAGGCCGCCAUCAUCAACCAUUAUAUUGAAAUGAAGGAAAAGUUAGGCUCAGAAGCUUCGAUUUCGAUUGAAAAAGGUGAAGUGAUAAGUACGCAUUACAAGCUAUUUUCUGCUGAUAUUCGUGACAUACCAAAACUGGAUUCAGUUAUUCACAUGGCUGAAAUGGAUCCUAGCUUGCCAACCUUUAUAAUUGCAGAGUGUGUGCUUAUUUAUCUGGACCCAACUGCCACUGGUGCUAUCGUGAGUUGGGCAUCUCAAAAGUUCUCCACUGCUGUCUUUUUCUUAUAUGAGCAGAUUCACCCUGAUGAUGCAUUUGGGGAGCAAAUGAUUAGAAAUCUUGAGAGUAGAGGAUGCCCCCUCCUUGGUAUAAAUGCUACACCAACCUUAAGUCACAAGGAGAACCUUUUUCUUGGCAAUGGAUGGCAGAGAGCUGUUGCAUGGGAUAUGCUGAAAAUCUAUAAUGACUUCAUUGACAGUCAAGAAAGACGCAGGAUUGAACGAUUAGAACUGUUUGACGAGUUUGAAGAGUGGUAUAUGAUGCAGGAACACUACUGUGUAGCCUACGGAAUCAACGAUGCCGAGGGCAUAUUUGACAGUUUUGGUUUUAAAGAGACCUAGUAGCACUGGUGCAUUGUCUUCUGUGUGUACCAGCUGUACUUGUUGUAAACUGAUACCAUUCGUACUAGUCUUCCCCGGAGUAGCCUUUGCAUGAUAAUACAAGGAACAGGGGUAGGAUACCAGUAAGCAUCUCCUGAUGUUGGAGCUUGCUUUGAUAGGCUGUUCAAGCUCAACGGCGUUGUACUUGGUUUAACCUUAACGUCUUGAUGGCAGUCGCAGCGGUGUUUGAUGUGAUUAUGUGAAGCAUGCCAGUUUGCCACAAUAUGAGCAGAACGGGUCUGAUAUGACUAUGUUUUCCAUUUUAUUGUUUGCAAAUUCAGUUUAGUGCGGAACCAUGGCUGACA